CACCCUUGCGCAGGCGCACAAAGCCGCUCUGGCAACCUCCGCAGUGGCCGCGCGCACCCUUCACCCCGCUGGCUGAUUUUGUCUCGCGCAACCUUCUUAGGCCCUCCGCAAGAUCAGCCCUUCUUUUCCUCCCCUUUCCCCACCGGAGAGCCAGGUGCCGAGAGCCGGGACCCUGCCCCUUCUCCGUUUCCCUUCCCCUGACCCACCUCUCCUCUGUCCUCCCUCCCUUUUCGGUUCCCGGAGCCGGAAGGAGCCGAAGUGCCGACGGAAAAAGCCGAAGCUAUCUCCCGUGAGUGAAGUCUUCUCGAAGCGGUGGCGGAAGGAGCCGAAGUUGUCCGAGAGGGGAGGAGGGUGCGCCUGGAAUCUCCGGAAAGAGCCGAAGUUUGGAAACGAGCUUAAUCUCUGGCUGCGUCCGAGGGCGAGCUCCGGAAACCUUCGGAAAGUGACGAAGUCCGGGACGGUUAGAAUUGUCGGAAGUAGCCGGUUGCUUGGACAGGGCCGGCGGAGAAGAGCGGGGAGAAUCUGCGCAAGCAGUCAAAGACUGGGACAAUUUGAAUUUUCGGAAAAAGGCGAAUUCUUAGAGGGGGCUGGGUGCAGAAGAACGCGAGGAUCUACGGAAACAUCCGAGCGUUGAAGAGCUAAUAUCCGAAAAGUUACGAAAACCUGGGAAAGCGGCGAAACCUUCGCUUCGGGUGUUUUCGGAAGCAGCCGUAGCUGCUGCUCCCGACGCUUUUCUUUACGGUCCGGAAAUAGCCGACGGGUUUCGGAGCCAGGCCUGCGCGGCGGGGGGAGGGGCACCUCGCGGGCGCGCAGGCGGGGAGAGGGGCGGAGCCGGGGCGGGGCGGGCGGCCCGGGCUUGAUUAGGUAGGAGGCGGUGGAGCGCCGGCGGCGGCCGGAAGUAGCCGAAGCAAGCGGCGGAAGUAGCCGAAGCGGCCGGAGCGGGCGCGCGGCAAGGCGAGGCGAGAGCUGCACAGGGCCCUACGCGGCCGCCUCAGCAUGUCGGACUUCGACGAGUUCGAGCGGCAGCUCAACGAGAAUAAGCAAGAGCGCGACAAGGAGAACCGGCACCGGAAGCGCAGCCACAGCCGCUCUCGAAGCCGGGACCGCAAGCGCCGCAGCCGCAGCCGGGACCGGCGCAACCGGGACCAGCGCAGCGCCUCCCGGGACAGGCGGCGCCGAAGUCGUUCCCCCCGCCACGAGAAGAAGAAGAAGGUCCGUAAAUACUGGGACGUGCCACCGCCUGGCUUCGAGCACAUCACCCCCAUGCAGUACAAGGCCAUGCAAGCUGCCGGUCAGAUUCCAGCCACCGCUCUUCUCCCCACCAUGACCCCUGACGGUCUGGCUGUGACCCCGACGCCGGUGCCCGUGGUCGGUAGCCAGAUGACCAGACAGGCCCGGCGCCUCUAUGUGGGCAACAUCCCCUUCGGCAUCACUGAGGAGGCCAUGAUGGAUUUCUUCAACGCCCAGAUGCGCCUGGGGGGGCUGACGCAGGCCCCCGGCAAUCCCGUCUUGGCAGUGCAGAUUAACCAGGACAAGAACUUUGCCUUCUUAGAGUUCCGCUCAGUGGACGAGACCACGCAGGCCAUGGCCUUUGACGGCAUCAUCUUCCAGGGCCAGUCACUGAAGAUCCGCAGGCCUCACGACUACCAGCCCCUGCCUGGCAUGUCGGAGAACCCCUCUGUCUAUGUGCCUGGAGUCGUGUCCACUGUGGUCCCAGACUCUGCCCACAAGCUGUUCAUCGGGGGCUUACCCAACUACCUGAAUGACGACCAGGUAGACCCUUCGUCUCCUCCCGCCCCUCCCCCGUCACGGCCUUCGUCCACACUCUCAUGGCGUCUUGGCCUGCCACAGGUAAAAGAGCUGUUGACAUCGUUUGGGCCUCUCAAGGCCUUCAACCUGGUCAAGGACAGUGCCACGGGGCUCUCCAAGGGCUACGCCUUCUGUGAGUACGUGGACAUCAACGUCACAGACCAGGCCAUCGCGGGGCUGAACGGGAUGCAGCUGGGGGAUAAGAAGCUGCUUGUCCAGAGGGCAAGCGUGGGAGCCAAGAAUGCCACGCUGAGUACCAUCAACCAGACCCCCGUGACCUUGCAAGUGCCUGGCCUGAUGAGCUCCCAGGUGCAGAUGGGUGGUCACCCGACUGAGGUCCUGUGCCUCAUGAACAUGGUCCUGCCCGAGGAGCUGCUGGACGACGAGGAGUACGAGGAGAUCGUGGAGGACGUGCGUGACGAGUGCAGCAAGUACGGGCUCGUCAAGUCCAUCGAGAUCCCCCGGCCCGUGGACGGCGUGGAGGUGCCCGGCUGCGGAAAGAUCUUCGUGGAGUUCACCUCUGUGUUUGACUGCCAGAAAGCCAUGCAGGGCCUGACGGGUCGCAAGUUCGCCAACAGAGUGGUUGUCACAAAAUACUGUGACCCCGACUCUUACCACCGCCGGGACUUCUGGUAGAGGCGGCGGGGGAGGGCAGGGGCAGGGCUGGCUGGGGCUUCUCCCCUCCAGCUCCCCCUCUUUUCCCCCUCUGAAGACGAUGGGCAGAGGAGUGACAGCCGAAUGACAGCCGGCAGCAACUGGAAUGGCAGCGAUUAAGGGUCGGGGGGUGGGGAUUUGGGGCGGGGAGGGGACGGGGGAAGUGCGCACACAGACCCACACAGAUACAUGCACCCACAGACACAGAGGGAAGGGGUGGGGAGGGGGUGCACAGCAGGGCGGGGUCAGACCCCCACUGCCCCUCCCCGGAAGUCUCUCCUCCCUGAUGCCCCCUUUAUCUCCCCUUUCCCACCGUAGAAACAUAGCGUGUUUAUAUUUUAUGGCCAAACUAUUUUGAAUUUUGUUGUCCGGCCCCGAUACCCUGCCCUCUCCCCUUUCAGGACCACAGCUCCUGUCCUUUUGGCCUCUGGUCCUCUCCCCGGUGUUCUCCCUGGUUUCUUACAUAGUUGAUUCUCUACUCUUUAGUCUCCCCAGACCUGCCCCCCACCCCGUGGCCCCUGGCCCUCUCCUACUCUCUGUGGCAGUUUCAUAUUUGCUAAGACGAAUUUGCUCAUUAAACAUUUUGUUGUAUUUUA